GCUGAAUGCAUUAAUCUAAUGAGAUGUGUGCAGCCGGAGCGCGGGGCUGCUGGAGACUAACUGUGAGCCACUGACACCCCGGCGGACGCGUAGCUUUUUGCAGGACGCGGUGUGCAGGUAGCGAAAGUCUUCUGCCUCCUGAGCGGACCUUCCCGGCCUGGGAACGAACCCGACCAGGCUCUGGUGCACCCGCUGUAGCACCUCUUCUGCCUGUGAAGGAUUUGUCACUUCUCCUGCAAGACUGGCACCGGCAGAAAUGCAGUCUCAGAGGACCCCUGGGCGAAAGCGAGGCCGACCCCCACUGCACUCAACACCCGUGACGAUGGCAGUUCACAACCUUUAUUCUGCUUCCGCUGGUUCUUUGCCAGCAGUGAAGAUCCCAAAGAAAAGAGGGCGGAAACCUGGGUACAAGCUCAAGUCUCCAGUUCUUCUGACUCCGUUGGCCCUCUCACCUCUACGGAGUACGCCGGAGCCCGACCUCAGCUCCAUCCCUCAGGAUGCAGCCACCAUCCCCAGCGUGGGAGUCCCUCAGGCUCUCACAGUCUGCCUCUACAUCAAUAAGCAGGCCAACGCCGGGCCCUACCUGGAGAGGAGGAAGCUGCAGCAGCUCCCGGAGCACUUCGGGCCCGAGCGGCCGUCGGCGGUCCUGCAGCAGGCCGUGCAGGCGUGUAUCGACUGUGCGCACCAGCAGAAGCUGGUCUUCUCCCUGGUCAAGCAGGGCUAUGGCGGUGAGAUGGUCUCGGUCUCGGCGUCCUUUGACGGGAAACAGCACCUGCGGAGCCUGCCUGUGGUGAACAGCGUGGGGUACGUCCUCCGCUUCCUCGCCAAGCUGUGCCGCAGCCUCCUGUGCGAUGACCUCUUCAGCCACCAGCCUUUCCCCAGGCGCUCCAGUGCCUCCGAGGAAGCCCCGGAGAACCAGGAAGGCAGGAUGGAGACAGCCAAGACCUUCGCCGCCGCAGAGUGCCGCCUGGCGGCUGCCGCGGGCAUGAGCCGCUACAGCCUGGACCCCGCCGGCCCCGCCUUCGGCCCGCGGGGCCCCGCGCCCGCCGCGCCCUCGCUGUACUGCAAGAGGCAGCACUCCGGAGACGGCCCCCGCACCGGCCCCCUGUCUUCCGGAGGCCCCCCGGCACCGGGGCUGAGGCCCCCGGGCUGCAGCCCCAAGAGGAACGGGACCUCUCUGGAAGGAAACAGAUGCGCCUCAAGCCCUUCUCCAGACGGGCAGGAUGGCAGGCGGCCAAGGAGCAGGAACCCGUCCACCUGGACCGUGGAGGACGUGGUACGGUUCGUGAAAGACGCUGACCCGCAGGCUCUGGGGCCUCAUGUGGAGCUCUUCAGAAAGCACGAGAUUGACGGCAAUGCCCUCUUGUUGCUGAAGAGUGACAUGAUUAUGAAGUACCUGGGCCUGAAGCUAGGACCUGCGCUGAAGCUCUGUUACCAUAUUGACAAACUGAAGCAGGCCAAGUUCUGAAAGUUUCUAGAAGACAGAAGCAAAAUCCAGACAGCAGAUCUCGAGAUCAUCUCUGCCUUACCAACAUCCAGCCACCAUGGAAAAACAGAUUCUCUUCUCAAAACAACAGGCACAGAGACGGGGUCUUUUUACAAAACGCCUUGCCUUUU